AACGCAACCACAACCGCAGCCAUGGCCAACCUCCCCACCACGGCGCCCCCCGCGCCCACCAAACCCCUCCGCUACGCAGAUGUCGCCGUCACAGCCACAGCCAACGACUUCGCCGGCAUCUACCGCGGCAAGCAGUACCACGCGCCCGACUUCGCAGGCACGCUGGACCGCGCGCACGCCCUCGGCGUCGAGAAGGUCAUGCUGACGGGCAUGUCGCUGGCGGACGUGCCGGUCAACACGGGCAUUGCUGCCGCCCGCCCGCCGGGGCAGUGCUUCCUCACCAUCGGCGUGCACCCGUACCACGCGGGCGAGAUGCAGGAGGGCGGCGCGGGGUACGUCGAGCGGCUGGCUGCAGCAGUGCGGGAGGCGCUGGCGGUGCGGCCGAGACUGCUUGCCGCGUUUGGGGAGCUGGGGCUCGACUACGACCGCUUGAACCAUGCGGGGAAAGAGGCGCAGUUGGAGGCGUUCAAGACGCAGCUCGAGCUGUUUGUCAAUGAGGGAUGGGACCUGCCGCUGUUCCUGCACUGCCGGGCCGCGUACGACGAUUUCGUCGAGGUGAUGAAGCCGUACGUCGCCCGGCUCCCGCGGCGCGGCCUCGUGCACAGCUUCGUGGGCAGCGCGGCGCAGAUGCAGGGGCUGCUAGACUUGGGCCUCGACGUCAGUGUCAACGGGUUCAGUUUCCGGGACGCCGAGAGCGUCGACAUGGUACGCGCUGUGCCGCUGGACAGGCUGCAGCUGGAGACGGACGCGCCGUGGGGCGAGAUCAAGCCGAGUGCAGACGUGGCGCGGUAUUUGGUGCAUGCGCCGUCGUUGCCAGCGAGUAGGAAGAGGGAUAAGUGGGUUGAGGGGUGUAUGGUCAAGGAGCGGAAUGAGAGCUGCGCGAUUUCGAGGGUUGCGUUUGUCGUGGCGGGGUUAAAGGGGAUGGCGGUUGAGGAGGUGGCCGAGGCGGCGUGGAGGAAUAGCGUGCGGAUGUUCGGGAUGGAGGGGAGUGAGGGUGAGUGA